AUGAAUCGUUUUGUACUUGUACUUGUACUGGAAAGAAUGGAGAUAUCUCACCAUUACAAGGAGGAGAUGGCACACUUGUUGUGUUCAUUGCAGAAACUUUUGAGCAAAGAAACUCAGUAUCAAACAACUCUGGAACACAUGCUGCAAUGCUACACACAGAGUAGUACGGAUGUCAUCACACCAGAGAUUCGUAAUAAAAGUAUACAGAACUUGCGGGUGUUAAAUAGAUUUUACGGUUAUCCCUCGGAGACGUUCAUGAUAGCUGUCAAUGUGAUGGAUCGAUUUCUCUCCAUCCUCAAGGUCAGACCACGUCACAUGGCUUGUAUCACAGUAAGUUGUUAUCAUAUCGCGAUUAAAAGUACAGUCACAGAUCAGGAUAUGCCCUCAGCAUUUGACCUUAUUCGCAUCAGCCAAUCAAAAUGCACAGUCAGCGAUCUGAACCGAAUGCAACGGAUAAUCCUGGAAAAACUAGAGUGGGAUUUGGACUGUCCUACUUCCCUGACAUUCCUGCACCUUUUCCAUGCUAUUGCAAUUGCCAGCGAAUUUCUACACAUUGAUGUUGGGGAAGAAGACGAACACUUGGAGAAGCUGUGCUGGAAGUUGGAAGCUUGUAUGUGCCAGACUUCAUUUACUGUGUAUAAGGCUUCCACAUUAGCACUGUGCCUACUGAGCUGCGAACUAGCUGCCAGGUCAGAUGUCACAGAUAUCACAUCUAAGAAGUGGAUGCGAUCAACUUUAGCACUGCAGCUGCUGACAGAGAUAACAGACUGUGAGCUUCUCCAGUGUCGAACACAUGUAUCUGAAUUCCUAGUGUUGUACGGAUCACCACGAAUGAGAAUUCCAAGGAGUAAACUGACUUGGGUUAUAUCUUCACGUACUGCCAGACAGCUACAGUUCAGUGCCCAGUGUGUGACUGGUUUACCUACUAUACAUGAACAUCAAGUAUUCGCUGAUUCAUCAGCAGGGGAGGACUCCUGUAACAGUUCCGUGGACGACUCUUCUGCAUCCUCAUCACCACCGCCACCGCCACCAUACCGACCAUUUCACACCCAUGGAGUAGAAGAUGAGGAUUUCCCUUGUACAGAGGUAGUGUCAACAAGCGAAGACGGCUUAGAAGUAAAUAACUUUUGUGUUGACCGGUCGUUGAUCUUUGAAUUCAAGACAGAAAACCCGCUACAUUGCCAGUUACAUAAUAUUUACACAAGUGCGUCAAACAAGACGGUCUCAAACGCAUCGUAGUGUACGUCAUCAUUUAUUUACAGUGCUACAGUUGUCGCACUUUGUUAUUUUGUGAUGUAGGUCCUUGGAAACCUGUAUAUGUAAGAUGCUGGUACAUGUACCUGAAACAAGCAACAACUUUAGGGUUAUAAUACAAGGUAAAAUUUGGUUUUCCAAUCCAUUAUACAAUGAAUAACUUUUCUCAGUAAAUUUGUUGUUUGGUCAAGACUAGUUUCAUUGCAUUUAAAUUACACCGUGCUAUGCAAUGAAUGUCAAAUUCAUCUUUUCAGUCUCAAAUUUUGCAAAUCAACAUCAAUCUGCAGUGCAAUAGUGAUUUGUUAUCACGAGAAUACCAUGAUGAAGGCAGUACGUGAUUGUAUCGAAUGACGUAUAGCGAUUAAAGAUUUCAUCCCUCACUGCCUUUAUAUAUUAUUGUCACAUCAGAGGUAACCGAAGAGAAAUGUUGGAAUUACGACAUGUAAUUUAUCUGGAACCAUUCAAUGUUAGUGAUGCAUACUUUUAUGUAGUGCCAAAUUCUGUUGUAUUUGGUGCUAGA